UGAAUAGGUUAAUAUUUUUAUUGGUUUUAAAGCAUUGGAUUGGUAGCUAAUUGCAAGAGGCGCAAUAUGGACAAAGAAUGGAUGUCAGCUGAUAGGAUGUCAGUAGAAUAUAUAAAAGGGGCCAAUGAGUUUCUUAAAUUUAGUUUGGAUCAUGCCAAAGAUCCAAAAUAUAUUUGUUGUCCUUGUAGUAAGUGUGGAAAUAUGAAAAAGAUGACUGCCACAAUAAUAAAAGAGCACUUAUAUUUCCACGGGAUAGACAAAAGUUAUAAACUAUGGUAUUGGCAUGGUGAAGAGCUUCAUGUUACUCCGGACCCUCCUAUGAUGAAUGAAGAUCGGAAUUAUAGGCAAUUGGAUCGUGAGGAUAAUUUAGAUGAAAUGAUUGACGAUGCAUAUUAUGAAUCAGAAGUAGAUCCCGUUAAGUUUGAAAAUCUUCUUAAUGAUGCUGAAAAGCCGAUUUACUCUGGUUGCACUAAAUUUACAAAAUUGUCAGCCCUUCUUAGAUUGUACAAUAUAAAAUCCAAAAAUGGAUGGAGUGAUAAGAGUUUCACGGAAUUGUUAGUUUUUUUGAAAGAUUUACUGCCUGAAGAAAACGAGAUGCCCGUAUCAUUUUACGAGGCUAAGAAAACUAUCCGACUUAUGGUGUAG